AUGGCUGGUGCUAAAGAGAAUGCAUAUUCCAGAAGAAUUCUGCAGUACAUGGAGGGUUUCUUGGUGUCAAAGACCCUCUUCACUGCAUGUGAGCUGGGGGUAUUUGACCACCUGGAUGCCUCAGAGCACCCACUAUCUGCCAUGGCGGUAGCACAGGGCCUCAGCACCAGCAAGGAUGGCAUGGAGAGACUCCUCUCAGCAUGUGUGGGACUGGAGCUCCUGACCACACAACCCAGUGCAGAUGGACAAGUCCUCUACAGUAACACAGAAAUGUCCACCAUGUUUCUGACGAAGUCAAGUCCUCAGUCAUUGUACCACUCAAUUGAGUACAGCUCCAACACCAUCUACCUCUGCUGGCAUUACCUGAAAGAUGCAGUCAGGGAGGGUAAGAACCAGUAUGAGAAGGCUUUUGGAGUGAGCUCCAAGGAUCUGUUUGAAGCUCUCUACAGGUCUGAUGAAGAAAUGGUGAAGUUCAUGCAGCUUAUGAACUCUGUGUGGAACAUCUGUGGGAAGGAUGUGCUUACUGCGUUCGACCUGUCUCCAUUUAAGAGCAUCUAUGACCUCGGAGGCUGCAGUGGUGCUCUGGCGAAGCUGUGUGUCUCAGUCUACCCUGAGUGCACAGUAACCAUUUUCGACCUCCCAAAGGUCACGGAAACAUGCCGCAAGCACUUCCUGUCGGACGAGGACGUGAGGAUCUCUCUCCAUAAAGGAGACUUCUUUAAAGACACUCUUCCAGAUGCUGAUCUCUUUAUCCUGGCGAGGAUACUGCAUGACUGGAAAGAGGAACGGUGUAUACUUCUGCUGGACAAGGUUUACAAGUCAUGCAAACCAGGCGGUGGUGUGCUGUUGGUAGAGGCUCUUCUCUCUGAAGACAACAGCGGCCCCGUAACUGCUCAGCUCUACUCCCUCAACAUGCUGGUUCAGACAGAAGGGCGGGAGCGUAAGGGUUCGGAGUACACCCGCCUCCUCUCCGCCGCCGGCUUCUCCUCCGUCCACAUCCACAGUGCUGGCCACAUCUACAGCGUCAUACUGGCUCUGAAGGGCUGACUCCAGCUGAGCAUGCCCUGGUGCCCAGCUCCUCUCUCCUCAUGAACCAAUCAGACUGCGUGUGAAGGCGGAGGUGAAGGUGGCCAUGGCAGACAUCUUGCUUCACAUGGAGCCUCAUAGACUUUGAGGAGAGGGCAGAGCUCUAACCACUGUAGCCAGAUCAG